UUCAAGAAUUUCUGCUCUGUCCUUCUGUAGCCGUAGGCUUAGGGUUUUCUAUUCUUCUUCUAAGUUGUUCGUUACUGUUCGACUUAGCCUGCUUCGCGCGUGAGGUGAAGUUUUGAACGAGUUGAUCAAAGACUUCUUCGCCUCCUUCGACGUCGUUCCUUCCUGUCGGGUCGGAAGUCACGACAACUCCCGUUCCUUUUGUUGGAUCGGAAGUAACGACGACGGGAGGGAGCUCAGUCGUUGCCAAGCAAUCGGACAGCUGAUGGAGCAUGAAAAAAGUAAAGAGAAGCAAACUCCAAUUGAAUUUAGGCGCAGAAAGAUAAUUCCUGGUGUGGAAAAAAGUACAAAUGUUUCUCUAGCAGCAAUAAAGAAUGUAGAAGCUGUUGUGGACGAAGGUUCUGGAAAUAAAAUUGCAUCUCCCACUCCCGAAAAAUCUGAUCGGAAGCUGACUAGUAAAGGAAAACAACUUAAUGAUAAUUCUCCAAGUCAAGACAUCCUAUCAGAAACACAUAUUCCUGAAAUAACAUUGAAAUCCACAGAACUUCCAGAAAAGUUGAAGACAUUGGCCGACCUUUUUGAUCGAAUGUGUUCCUCUGUUAGAUUGUUGGGUUUGAGGAAGAGGUUGCCAACUUUUCGGGACAUUUGCACUCAAGUGGAGAUAUUGACUAAAAGGAAGUUCUCAUACGCCCAUCUUGCGCAGAUGAAAUAUGUAUUUCCUGAUGCUAUUCAGAUAGAGAAGGUACUUGUACACGAUGAGAGAACUUUAUGUAUGAAACCAGACUUGAAAGUCAGAAUUUUAUUCGAUAUCAUGGGAUGCCCAUCAUAUCCUGGACAGACUGUAUCUAUGGCUUUAUGCCGUGCCUUUCGUGUGAGAUUGUUGGAGCAGUUCAAUGCCAAUCAAGAUGCUGAAAUUCCUGAGGCUGUUCUUCCAGAGCCAUUCAAUCAAAGGAAUGACAUCGAAUAUCUGGAUUCUUUGCCAGUAAAACCAGUCAGUGAAUUUCCUCGGCAGGCAUCAGUGGAACUUGAUUCCUUUUCAGUUGCCUCUCAUUUUUCUUCAUCAUUUCGUAAGCAUUUUUGUCAGAAGGAAACUGUCCCAGAAGCUGAAAGAACUAAAGUUCUUGCCUCUGCCUCACUGUCUGCAAUUGCUGAUGAUGAUGCAUGCAAGUCUAGCGAGAACGUUUAUAUAACCUCUCGUAAAGAUAGUAUAACUUUACUUUCUGCCAUUAUAUCUCCGUCUGAAGCCAUUUACAUUCCAAGUCCUGAUAAUUUAGUGGAGAGGACACCUGAAAAAGGUUCUUCGACUGCAUAUAACAUAGUAUCUGAACUUAUUGAUACUGAAAGUACUUGUAUUGUACCCCAGUCAAGUCAGAAUACUCCAGCAAAUGUUAGUAAGAUCGCAAGUGAUGCAAUUUCAGAAACACCUGCUUUGCAAACUCCCAAAAGACCCAUGCCGACACCCAUUGAAAUCUUGGUCAGUACAAAUGAAAAGUCAGUUAACAAACCCAAGUCAACACCUUCAGUACGUCGUACUUUAAUGUACUCUCCGCAGAAGAUGGACUUGAGCAAAUCAAAGCUUGACUUUGACACUGCAGAACUACCUCAAAUUCAUGAACAUUAUUCCAAUGAAUCCCUGUCCAUUAAAACAAUCAUAAGUGAACAAGAAACAAAACUGACUUGUGAUGCAACUGCUAGAAUAAAUGAGGCUCAAAAGCUGAUCCAACCAAACUCUGAGAAGCGUAAAGCUAUACUUGAUUGCUUGCCAGCCAUGUUUGACACAAUCCACCAUAUUUGUCUAUCUGCUGACUGUUCUUUGAUUACAAAGCGGGAGCUUGUGCACAAAAUAAUUUCAAAUAAUUUGGAUAUUGAAGAGACGAGUGAAGUGGAAGAGCAAUUGGGCCUGUUGGAAGAGUUGGUUCCAGAUUGGAUGUGUAAGAAGAGCACAUGUAAUGGAGAGUUCCUUUACAGUAUCAAACGUUUGCCUGAUCCAGAUUCUGUUCGUACUAGACUUUCAGAAGCUGUGUGAAAAAAAAAAACUUAAUUAUGCUGGUAAUUCGCUUCACUCGUCUUCCAAUUUGGUCAAUAAAAUCUUGAAGAGACUUCAGUGCUUGUAUGUACCAAUUUGCUCUUCCAAUUUGGUCAAUACUGCAUAUUGUAAUCCUGUUCGACUUUCAAUAGACUAGGGAUUCACUUGAUUUGCAUUUGGCAAGCUAAACUUUUGUUCCUAGGAAUGAUAUAUUAACUUUUUUUUCCUCUGCACAUUGAUUGAUUUUGUGGUAAAGCUGGUUUUUUAUGUCGACUGAAGUCAUUUUCAUGAUAAUCAGAGGUGGACCAGUGAGUAAGUUGCUUUUAUUAUAAUCUAGAAGUCUGAGUUACGAAA